AGACAGUGGCGGCCGACUGAAAUUAAUACGUUUCUGGUAAAUGUAUCUAGUUAACUAGAGCCGGGGUACGGGAUGCGGGUUGGAUCAAUCAUCUGAAAUAUAUAUAUUUUCUUUUACUCUUGCCGCAUCUCUAAAGUCAGCAAAACAAUGUCAUUCACACCAUACAUUUUGUUAAGACAGCAUAUUCGGCUAGCAGAGACCAUACCAUUAGCUAACGUUGGCCAACUGUCUGGCAGUGUAACAGUUUAUUCGCAUUUAUUAUGUAGGAAACAAUGUUUGAAAUGUAGCCCAUCACAUGGGUGAAUGGUUUCUGACCUCAAACAAACAUAGCGUGCUACUAUGUUGCAAACAGAGCGAACGGAGGUUGUUUUGCUGCUAGCUAGCUUUCUAGUCAAGCUAUGCACCACAUUAGGUGCCUCGCGCUCUGCAAUACUGUAGAUCUCUGCGAGUUUUGAAAGUGUUUUGACCGAUAAGGAGUUAACAUUAUUUUUUGGUGAGGGAAAUGUUUGGGGUGAUCAAACUUGAAGUGUGUGUCGCAGCUGGAUGCGGAGGGCUGGGGAGAGCGGGGAAUGGCGUCCUAGAUUUAUCAGGAUACAUAUACUUGGAUUACGGAGGACGAAUGGAAGGAAAAACAGAGGAAGGUGUGUCAUGCUAAUGAGCAUGUGGCAGCAGUAUAGGAGGGAGGUUCCUAGGUGUGCAGAAGGGCAUGAGACAAAGAGUGGAUCUUGGUGCUGUCACAUUCUCGGACUCACCUGAGAAAUGUCCACCCCGGACCCCCCCAUGGGAGGGACGCCUCGGCCGGGCCCCUCUCCUGGACCGGGGCCUUCUCCAGGAGCCAUGAUAGGACCCCCAGCCUCUGGGCACUCCCACCCACAACAGGGGCCCUCAGUAUAUCCUCAGGAGAAUAUGCAUCAGAUGCACAAACCUAUGGAAGGCAUGCAUGAGAAGGGCAUGUCUGAUGACCCUCGCUAUGGACCGAUGAAGAGCAUGGGCAUGAGACCAGGUGGAGGCCACAUUGGAAUGGGACCCCCUCCUAGCCCCAUGGACCAACAUUCCCAAGGCUACCCCUCUCCACUGGGGGGUUCUGAGCACUCUCCCAGCCCUGUGCCAGCCAACGGCCCUCCACCCUGCCCCAUGAUGCCCUCUGGCCCAGGUGUCCCCAUGGAGGGCGGUGACCCACAGGCCAUGGCCCAGCAGAACCUCGGUGGUGUCCUGAGUGGUGGUUCUGUGCCAGGUGGGGUUGGGCCAGGUGGACCCACCCCCUUCAACCAAAACCAGCUACACCAGCUCAGGGCCCAGAUCAUGGCCUACAAGAUGCUGGACCGCAGGCAGCCCCUGCCAGACCACCUGCAAAUGGCCGUGCAGGGCAAGAGGCCCAUGCCAGGGAUGCAGCAGCAGCCAGGGAUGCCCAACAUGCCCCCUUCCUCUGGGCCUGUAGCGUGGCCUGGACAGCCACCAGCAAACCACAACAGACCUCAUGGGCCCAUGGUGAAUGCUGCUGCCGCCCCCCCUCAUCCAUCCAGUGCCCCCAGAAGCUGAUUCCCCUCAGCCCACUGGGAGACCCUCCCCUGCUCCCCCUCCAUGCCCCCUGCUGCCUUCCCGGUCAUGCCCCCCAGACCCAGUCCCCAGGGCAGCCCCCA